UACGAAACGAGUUUAAAGUGCAAGUUAGGGAACGUAUUCGAGGUUUCUUUUUUUUCCCCCGUGAACAUCUUGAGAGGAAAUAAAUCUGUAAAAAAAUAAAAAAAACUUUGUUUUUCUUCACGUAACUCACGUAUGGAGUACCCGGUGGACCCAGAAUGGAGGGGAUUCUCCACCCAAAGAUGCUGCUCCAGCUGCUUGAGCAAUUCUUCUUUUAGUGCAUCUUCGAGUCCACAUGAGGCCUGUGCAAGUAUCAGCAGCAAGGAUCAACCACCACCCAAUGAGGCAAAACUGAACACGGCCUUCCUGGAGUACUUCCACAGACUGGGCAGCGGUGACAGAGAGCAGCAUGAGCUUGACGUUGGAUUCCUCAGUAGCCUCAUUGGAAGCGGUGCCAACGUGAACACCAAGGACCAGUACGGCCAGACGGCACUGCACAUGGCGGCGCAGGCAGGGCACCUUGACGCGGCGCGAUUCCUGGUGGAACGUGGCGCGCACGUUGACGAGCCGGACACGAACGGACGCACGCCCCUGCACGUGGCUGCCGCACUGGACCACCCCAAUGUCAUCGACUUCUUUGUGAAGCACGGAGGCGAUGUGGAGGCGGCGACGCGGGAGGAGCUUCAAACGGCCGCUCAUUACGCCGCCAAGCACGGCGCGCGAGCCGCCCUCGAGUGUCUAUACCGGCGCCUCUCCAACAUCCACGCCCGGGACUACUGCGCUCGCACACCGCUCUUCCUCGCCGCCAAGCACGGCCAGCGCGGCACGGUGCAGCUGCUACUGAACGUGGGGGCGGACGCUGGUGCCGAGGACUCGUUGGGGACAUCCUGCCUGAGCGUCAUUCUCGACACCGUUCCUGACAUGGCGCUGCUAGCGCUGAACCAGCUCCGCGUGAUAAAGGAGUCUGACCAGAAGCAAUACUUCUACCUAAAAAUACUGGAGCCGGCAGAAUCCGAUAAUCAAGAAAAGCCUGUUAAGAGCUUGUUGGAGCUCGUGGUGAUGAGGCGGCUGUAUCAGGUCGUGGACCACCCGGUCGUACGUAUGUUCAUCGACGUCAAGUGGAAUGCAUACGGCCUGAAAGGGAACUGCUGGACCUUGACCACCAAGAUGGCGUUCAUCGUGACGUGGAUGGUGCUGCUGGUGGCCGUGCCGUGGCCCCGUCGCCACGUCUACACUUUCCCCAAGGACUGGUGGCGGGUGGCGCUCGCCUUGUGGUGCGGCUCUCACGCUCUGCUGCGCUUGGUGCUCGAGGUGCGCCAGCUCCUCUCCUCUCGCCGCUCGUUCGCUGCUUGGAAGAAGCUGCGGUACCAGGAGAUCAUCAGCGACUGCCGCUUCUGCCACCCGUGCUGGCCUGAGGAAAGCGUCUACCUUCAGAACCAGAUGAAGAAGCUGAAAAAAUCACAGGCUUUCUACUUCUUGGACUACUGGAACGUAUUGGACUGGGUGGUGCUGCUGGUGCUGUUGGCGGCGCUAGUGACACACGUGGCGGACGUGAUAAGGCCGAGCGCCGCCCUCGCCUGCACCCACGUGCGCCUGGCAGCCGUGGCAAUAGUACCGCUGUGGCUGUGCAACCUCAAGCAGAUGCGGUCCUUCUGGGUGAUCGGCCCCUUCAUCGUGAUGCUGGGCAAGAUGGCGGUCCACUUCUUCAAGCUCCUCUUCCUCCUCCUGCAGUUCUUUGUGCCGUACAGCAUCGCGUUCCUCCUCGUGUUCCACAACUCUGGCAUCGAGACCCUGGCAUCGGGUCACAUGACAGCAUUCCAAGUGCUGCGCUUGGGCUUUACGGACGAAUACGAGGCACUGGCCAUGCUGGCCCACGCGCCGCUCAUGACCCCGCUGCUCGUCGUCUCCUACGUGGGCCUCGUCUCCAUCGUCUGUCUCAACAUCUUCGUGGCUAUGCUCAACGACGCCUACGAGAGUGUGAGCGAGGACCCGCGUGCCAACAUGUACAUGCAGCGCGCCAGCGUGCUGCUGGGGCUAGAGAAGAGCGUAUUCUUCCGCGGGGAUCGCGAGGUCACUCGCCGGUUCCUGCACGACGAAUGCUCGCCACUCCACGCCUCCUACAGCCACGAACGUGCGGUACAGACAGAUUCCGAGUUGCUCACGGCAGCGUGUGAAAUCCAGGAUGGUCUGGAGGAACUCAGGGAGUACGUGCAUGAUGACCACACAAACGGAGAGACCAAGGAGAUGUCUUCCACCACCAGGCCUCAGUCUCCCCGGCCAUUUCCAUCGGGCUCUCUGUCGUCGGUGUGCCAGGAGGUGCUGGAUAUUCACUGGCAGCUGGACCUGCUGCGCAUGGAGCAGCGUGACACCAUUGCCCACCUGAAAUACAUGCUGCGCGACCUGCACCAGCGGCUCAACGCAUACACCCCCAUAGAUGGGCAACCAGGGGCCAUGGAUGGUGCGAGUGCAGGGUUUGUGGAAGGAAUAGAGACACCACCAUUGCACGUUGUUUGGGAGCGGCCGGACCAAGCCAGCGAAAGCAGCGUGGAGGCUCCAUCUACAAGCACCGGUUAAAGGAAUACCCCUUGCUGUACUCAUCAUAUGAUGGAUCUUUGAAGGAAGACGCAACGCAAAAUCAAACAGCUGUUGAUGCAUAUCGAGGGUGUGUGUUGGAUUAGCCAACAUGAGUUGUAAACUUCAUGAAUGAGAAAAUUACUUGAAAAGUAAGUUUAGGUGUUCCUUCAGAUUCCAGUGGUGUUGCUGCGCCGAU